AUGCUACACUUGCAACCACAGAAUCUUCUUAUCCAAAAGACGCUUAAUGAGGCAAUCGAGGCGCUAAACAAGGGUUCGCCGUUGACCAUGGACAGAAUUGUUUCCGAUUUCGACUAUACCACUUACCACAUUUCGAAUUCCGCAGAGGACAAGUCCCUCUUAUUACUAAGUAUCAGGACCAAAGCGUGGGUCAGCGUCUCCGAGUGCCAUUUGGACGGUUCUUCGACGCUGAUGAAGUUCUUGGCCGAUCACUACUCUUCCUUGGGUGGGGUGACUAUCACAGGCCAAGUGGAGCCUGCUUAUGACUACACUCUUCAGAUCGCAUUGAGCGAAUUGACUCAAGACUCUAUCUUGCAAUUUUCCGUGUUGAAGACCAUUAUAUUGAGUUUCCCCUUCGAGCUGGCCAUUACGAAGUUCAUUGAAUUGAGCCAGCAACAACCAGCACCCGUUGAGGCAGAAAUUACUGGGGGUGGGGUUGCUGUUAGUGGAGACAACACUUUGUUCACGAUCAAGUAUCGUGACGAGGAGAACAUCUUCAUCAAACCUUCCAAUGACAGAGUUACCAUCAUUUUUGAAACUAUUUUCCAAGACGAAACAGAUAAAAUCUUUGGCAAGGUCUUUUUACAAGAGUUUGUAGACGCCCGUAAGAGAAACCGUCAAAUCCAGUCGGCCCCACAAGUUCUAUAUUCGCACGAACCUCCAUUGGAGUUGAAGAGACUAUAUCAGCCACCUAAAGUUGCAGAGCAAAGCAGAAGAUUUAUCACAUUUGUUCUUUUCCCACGUCAUUUCCAAACGAAAGAGUUGCAAUUCCAUUCAAUUUGCCAGUUGACAUUAUUCAGAAACUAUUUCCACUACCACAUCAAAUGUUCAAAAGCCUACAUGCACUCCAGAAUGAGAUUCAGAGUGGACUCGUUCAUCAAAGUCUUGAAUAGAGCCAAGGUGGACGAAGAUGAUGAAAAUGAUGAAUCUAGUGCGGAUGCCAGACAGCAAGCGAGAAGAACCUUUACGGGUAGAAAGAUUGUCUACUGA